CACACACAAACACACGCACACAUCCUUAUAGAAUGCUGUCUAGCUUUACACCUAAUCACAGUUAAGGUGAUUGGCACAGGUGCUGAUCUGACACUUGGACAGCGCUUGCGAACAGAAGUGCAGCAGAAUGACGAAGAGCACUUUACUCCUGAUUCUACUUGCCCUUGUUGACGUGGCCGCUUCCAGUAAAAAUGACACCGGCAAUCGGGAAAAGCGGGAUGCUGUUCUUAUUCGUUCAAAGAGAAGGUGGGUUCUGUCCACGAUUGAUCUGGAAGAGAACAUGCCCGGCCCAUAUCCUGCUGUAGUAACACAGCUGUACAAUGAAAAAAAGCUGGACAGCAAUGUCAUAUUCAGCAUCAAAGGAGAUGGAGUGACAGAAAACCCAAUUGGUUUGUUUAGCAUUGAUGAAAACACUGGAUAUGUAUACGUGCACAAGCCCAUCGACAGGGAACAGUACCCCCUCUUCCAUGUGGACUUUGAUGUGCUGGACAGGAAGACUCGUGCAACAGUGGACAAAACGCUGUCAUUUAAUGUAGAAAUAAAGGACAAGAAUGACAAUAGUCCUCAGUUCACUCCGAGCAGCACUAUCCGUGUAACUGUUCCUGAGAACGCGCCCGAAGGUGCACUCCUAGCAACAUUACAAGCUCACGACAUUGAUCUAAUGGAUAGUCCUAAUUCCCAAUUCACUAUGAGUGUGCUGUCACAAAACCCUGGCUCACCAAAGUUUACCUUGAAGGACAUGACCGCUGAAGUUAAACAGCUUAUCUUGAAGGGAUGCUUUGAUUAUGAUAAAGCAAAACAAUACACAGUACUUGUGGAAGCGAAGGAUAAAGGAAGACCUCCAAUGUCUUCAACUGCAACUGUAAUUCUGGACAUCACUGACUCCAACAGCCAUCCCCCAGAAUUCAGUUCGGCCACGUACACCACUGAAGUGAUGGAAAUGGAAUUAAAGGAGAUUCUAAGAAUCGGCAUCAAAGACAAGGACACACCGAACACGCCUGGUUCAAAAGCCGUGUUCACCAUCCUGAAGGGCAAUGAGGAUGGAAAUUAUAAAAUCGAGACAGACCCAAAAACCAAUGAAGGUGUUCUGUCUGUUAUUAAGGGGAAAAAUUUUGAGAAAACUGAGAUCACAGAGCUGGAGAUAGCAGUCGAAAACGAGGAGAAAUUAUUUCAGUGUGUUGAUGGAAAGGCCGUAACAGGCCCCGUACCAAAGCCAAACACUGCCAAAGUGGCAGUGAAAGUCAAUGAUGUGAACGAUCCCCCUGUGUUUAAGAAGCAAGUUGAAAAGGUUUACCGGAAUGAAAACGGAAAUCCAGGAGAUGUGUUGUUCAUACCCGAUAUCAAAGAUGAGGACUCAGACAUAAACAAACUCAGGUAUGAGUUAGUACAAGACCCAGCCAAAUGGAUGAGUGUGGACCCAAAGACAGGAAAGAUCACCACAGUUCAGAAGAUGGACCGGGAGUCUUCAUUUGUCAAAAAUGACACCUACACUGUUGUGGUGCGUGCCAUAGAUGACGGAAAGCCUCCAGCUACAGGUUCAUGUACCAUAGUGGUCUACCUGGGCGACCUGAACGAUAACGUUCCCUCUCUCGUAUCUAAAAGCGCAAUCAUGUGCGAGAGCGAAGACAGUCAUGUGGAAGUGAAACCAAUAGACCUUGACGGCCCUCCAUUUGCGAAUCCUUUUACAUUCUCUUUGGGAGAAGAUGAAGAGCUGAAGAAUCUCUGGAAGUUGGAUCCCACUACAGGAACAACCACCUCUCUGAUAAGUUUGACGAGACUGCCAUAUGGAAACUACUCCAUUCCUUUGAAGAUACAGGAUCAGCAAGGGCAGCAGGGAGAAGACGUUCUUUAUGUGGUUGUGUGUGAGUGUACAGGACUCAACAACACGUGUCGUGAUCGUCGUCCUUUCGGCUCAAGGCUGGGGCCAGCAGCCAUCGGUCUCCUGUUUGCCGGACUUCUCCUACUAGCCCUUCUACUCCUUCUUUGUUUCCUCUGUCAAUGUCAAAGCAAGAACUUUCAACACUUCCCUCUAAACCUGUAUGAUGAGGGCAACCAAACCCUUGCCAAAUACAAUGAGGAGGGAGGCGGCUCAAUCUAUAAGCCGGAGAAAGUGUUUGGUCCUUAUGCCAAUCAGAAAGAAAGCAUGAAAAUUCCUUCUGCACCGCCUGAGUUCACGUUUACUGAUGGAUACAGGAACGGUGAAAAUGGUAUGCUGAGAAGCCCUGCAGGGUAUAACCUUCAGUACAACUUCCAGGAACUGUCCAAUGGUGAAGGAGUGAUGAGCAUGCCACAUCACAACUGGUCAACAUUCCGAAGUCAAAGGAAUGAAAGCCGCCGGUUGUCCCGCACACAAAGCAUUGCUCGUACAGAAAGGAACCUGGCAGAGCACAUUGAGAGGAAAAUCAACGGGUUUCCAGAGGAGCAGAAGGAUUUUCCAGCAUAUUUCCCAUAUGAAUAUGAAUAUGAGGGGAGGGGCAGUGACUGUCAAUCACUGGAUCAGCUGACUGUUAGCAACCUUGGUGAUAACCUGGACUUUCUGCAGAACCUCGGGCCCAAAUUCAACACACUAGGUGGGAUCUGUCAACAGUCAAUGGAGCGCAGAAAAGUCCCGCUGUGAAAAUGGAUGAUAAUUUGAGGCUUUAUAUCCACAUUUCUAUAAUGCUUGUUCAGCUGAACUACAAAGGGGUUCCAGGGAUUUUUUCUUUUUUUUUAAUGAGAGUGCUCUAGGUCAUUGUUGCUGAAAGGAUAUACUGUAAGUUGUGAACAUUACAUCUUCAGUGCCAAGACUGCCCUCAAGGAACUAUGGGAUACACUGUGCAUUUGUGCUCAUUAAGGAUUUGUAAGAAAGCAUGUUGAGUGCUUGAAAUGAAAACUACUUGACUUUGUGCCUGCAUCCCACUAGCUUGUCUGAAAUGAUCAGAGGCGAUUGGUGGCGUGGAACUGUGAGCUUCUUCUCUCAUUGAUGCACUGACAGGCCACUGUCCUGUUCGGAUCUCAAGAUCCAUUUUUUUAUUCCGCAAACACAAAGUCACACAUCACUACCACUUAUCCAUGUGAAUUGUGUAACUGAGUGUUUGUCUGGAAUUCUCUGCACUAGCUGCCUUUAGCUACCGUAUUGUUUUGUGCACUUUGCUCAGACGACUUUGCACUGCAGAAUCACUUGUGUAUUUAAAGGUAUAGCCCAGCCAAAAAUUAAUCAUUUGUUCAUCUUCAUGUCAAUCCAAACCUAUAUGGAAGCUAAUGUCCACCACAGAAUUAAAUAUAAAACAGGUAAUUGCAACUACUUUCUCCUAUUUGUAAGUUUACAUCUCACAAUUCAGACUUUUUUUUUUUUUCUGGCAGUUCAAAGUUUGUAUCUCACAAUUCAGAUUCUGAUUUUACAUCUCGGAAUUCUGACUUUUCCUCUCAAAAUUCUAAUUUUACAUCUUGGAAUUCUGACUUUUCCUCUCAAAAUUCUGAUUUUACAUCUUGGAAUUCUGACUUUUCCUCUCAAAAUUCUGAUUAUACAUCUCGGAAUUCUGACUUUUCUUCUUAAAAUUCUGACUCUUCCUAUCAAAAUUCUGAUUUUACAUCUUGGAAUUUGGACUUUUCCUCUCAAAAUUCUGAUUAUACAUCUUGGAAUUCUGACUUUUCCUCUCAAAAUUCUGAUUUUACAUUUUGGAAUUCUGACUUUUCCUCUCAAUAUUCUGAUUAUACAUCUCGGAAUUCUGACUUUCCCUCUCAGAAUUCUUUAAUUUUUCUUCCCCCCUUUUUCUUUUUAAUGGAAUUUUUAGACACCUGGCCACAUGCUUAUGCUGAGAAACCCACAGAUUCAAUAAGAAAAGUCAGAAUUAAAAUAUAAAAAAGUAAGUGCACCUGUUUUCUUGCAGUUGCAAGUUUAUGUCUCACAAUUCAGACUUUUUCCCCCUCAGAAUUCUGAUUGUACAUCUCAAAAUUCUGAUUUUAAUUUUAGACACCUUGCCACAUGCUUAUGCUGAGAAAGCCACAAAUUUAAGAGCAAACAAUCAGAAUUAAAAUAUAAAAAAUGGAACUGCAACAAUUUUCUCACAGUUGCAAGUUUAUAUCUAAGAAAUUCAGACUUUUUUUCCUCAGAAUUCUGAUUUUACAUCUCAGAAUUCUGACAUUUCCUAUCAAAUUUCUGAUUUUACAUCUUGGAACGCUUCCUCUUUCCUUUUAGAAUUCUUUUACUUUUACUCUUUUUUGUUGUUGUUCUUUUUAUUGGAAUUGCUGAGAAACCCACAUAUUUGAGAAAAAAAGUCAGAACUGCAAGAUAAAAAGAUAGCAAUAUAUAAACUAAAUAUUUUUUUAUAUUCCAUAGAAGAAAGGAAAUCAUACAUUUUUUGUACAACAUGAGGGUGAGUAAAUAAUCACUGAGUGAACUUUGCCUGAGUGUGAAAAGAAAAGAAAAACAGCCAAAGUAAUUAAAGACGAUAAAGAACAAGCGGAAGUUAUUUUGCAGAGCAAUGAAGGACAGAAAAUGAAAGUAAAGAUCAGUCAUCACUCAACAUUAUUUGAGAGUCUGGCAGGUGGCAGUAAUGCACCAUUGAUCAUCAUUACAUCCCUUACUUAAAAGGCCUGUCUUCACCUGUUUUUUUCACUGUAGGGAGGUUUUAUGAAGAGUGGCUGGAGUUCAUUUUUAUCAUGUUACAGUUAUGUUACACACGAUGCAGUGUUCAUCUAUUUCUUUCAUAUUGCUCAUUGUAUUGUAAAUAGUUUUUGUUUGUUUCACCCAAUGAUUUUUAAGUAAAGAUUGAUGAUAUAUUUUACUUUCAGUCAUCUUGAUGGUGUGGGUGUAGGGUUCACUUUUCCUAUUCAAUAUCGUAACACAGUUAAUGCAGGUAUCACAACAAUUCUUACAGCAUUUAUUUAAAUUUAAGUUACAUAAAAAAAAAAAAAUGUGUUAAUAAAAUUAUUCAUUAUUAAU